AUGUCGAAUCAGCACUUUGAACAACCGUAUUCAUCGGUUCCGCAAACUGCUGGACGAGUCCAUCUGGAAGAGCAGCUACCGCAGGAGCUGAUUGAGCUCAAUGACAUCAAUUCGCUAGAUUUCGAAAGAACUCUUUUGCAUGAUGACGAACAGGGUGAAGGUAGUAAUAUAGAGCAGGGAGAUUCUAAUAUGAAAAUGGCCUUCAUGAACAUGGCUAACUCGAUUUUGGGAGCUGGUAUAAUAGGCCAGCCAUUCGCUUUCAAGAAUGCCGGUUUGAUAGGCGGGAUAGUAGUUAUGGUAUUUUUAACCAUACUAAUUGACUGGACUUUAAGGUUGAUUAUCAUUAAUUCUCAUUUAGCCCAAACUCGCUCUUAUCAAGAUACGGUGAACUACUGUUUUGGUAAAUAUGGCAAGUGGCUACUCACUUUUGCAGUCAACAGUUUCUGCUACGGAGGGCUUAUUGCAUUUUCAAUUAUUCUUGGUGAUACUAUCCCCCACGUAUUAACUUCCAUGUUACCUACUUCAAUUACUACUUAUCCUGCAAUUAGUUGGUUGUUUUACCGUAACACAAUCAUUGUCAUAUUCACAACGUGUAUCUCAUAUCCUUUGUCAUUAAAUAGAGAUAUUUCCAAACUUGCAAAAGCUUCAGGAUUUGCACUUGUUGGCAUGUUCAUAAUUGUAGUGAUUACUAUAUUUAGAGGACCAUUUGCCGAAAAAGAACUUAAAGCACAAUUAACAACUUUAGAAUGGACGGUCAAUUAUAAUAUUUUUCAAGGAAUUUCCGUGAUUUCAUUCGCUUUGGUUUGUCAUCAUAAUACCAUGUUCAUCUAUCGCUCUAUGAAAAAUGCUAGUAUAGAAAAAUUCAGUAUACUAACUCACAUCGCCUGUGGUGUAUCGAUGAUUUUUUGUCUUUUGAUGGGGGUGAAUGGUCUCGUUAACUUUGGAGAUAAUACAAAGGGAAAUAUUCUUAAUAAUUUCAAAAGUACCGAUAAAUGGGCCAAUGUUGCCAGAUUUUUUUUCGGCUUAAAUAUGUUGACUACUUUUCCUUUGGAACUUUUCGUAGUUAGAGAUGCUUUAAAGGAUAUAGUUUUUUCAAACCAUGAAGAAAAUAAUGGAAGCACCGCUCAUUUAGAAUUAUCUUCAAAGCAGCAUUUUUUGAUUACUACGCUUUUGGUCUUUUCUGCCAUGAGUGUUUCUUUAUUCACUUGUAAUUUGGGCAUGAUUUUAGAGCUUAUUGGAGCCAUAUCUGCUUCCUUGAUGGCCUACAUCAUCCCACCAUUGUGUUAUUUGAAACUAACCUGGAAUCAAAUUGAUUAUAAAAAUUUGAAUACUACUGGUAAAAGAGAUUAUUUAAUUUGGAAGGCUGCUCCUAGCAUUUCGUGUGCUCUAUUCGGUUGUCUAUUGAUGUUCAUAAGUUCUUACAUGAGUAUCCUAACAGGUAUAAAAGGAGAGUCCGAUGGACAUUGCGUCACCGACUAA